GAGGGCUUCUGGCGCCCGGCUAGGGGCGGAGCUAGGAGAUGGCGUCCGGUGCGGCUCGCUGGCUGACAUGGGGAGCCCUCCGAUCCGGUGUCCUCCGGAGCAGGCCGAACCAGAGAAAAAAUGAUGACGUCCCUGCCGGACGGGUGGCCUCAGGCCCGAACCUGAUACCGUCGAGGUCAGUCAUCGUUACUCGCAGCGGCGCCAUUUUGCCCAAACCCGUGAAAAUGUCUUUCGGCCUUCUCCGAGUGUUCUCCAUUGUGAUCCCCUUUCUCUACGUGGGGACACUUAUUAGCAAGAACUUUGCUGCUCUACUUGAGGAACAUGAUAUUUUUGUCCCAGAGGAUGACGACGAUGAUGACUAACAGCCACCAGGUCCCAGAUGCCACCAUGAUGCCAAGCUGACUUCCCUGGACAGACGACCCCACCAUGUGUCCUGGAGCCCCGCUCCACCAGGUAAAGAGAGAGACGGGCUGGGAGUAUAGAUGGAGCUGUCAACGCCCAUGUUCAGCGGGGAAGCAGUUACAGAAGCCAGACCUUCCACCUUCUGCAUCCCUCAACGACCCUGGGUCCAUGCUCCCAGAGGGACAGAGAAUG